CACAGGGAAGGGUAAAGUUUAGUGGGUCCUGGUUAUAAAGCGCCCUGGCCAUCCUUGGCAGAGCUCGCGAUUUAACCACUGGUUAGCUUCAGUGCAGGACCCCCGAGGGACGCACCUCCAGGAUGUCUCGGCUGGUGGAGUGUGUCCCCAACUUCUCCGAGGGCAACAACCAAGAGGUCAUCGAUGCAAUUGCCCAGGCCAUCUCCCAGACCGCAGGCUGUGUCUUACUGGAUGUAGAUGCAGGCCCUUCCACCAACCGGACAGUGUACACCUUUGUGGGAACCCCUGAAGAUAUCGUGGAGGGGGCCUUGAAGGCUGCUCGGGUAGCUUUCCAGCUCAUUGACAUGACCAAACACAAAGGUGAACAUCCCCGAAUGGGUGCCCUCGAUGUCUGCCCCUUCAUCCCAGUGAAGAAUGUUACCAUGGACGAGUGUGUGUUGUGUGCCCGCACCUUUGGCCAGCAACUGUCACAGGAGCUCAGGGUGCCAGUUUAUUUGUACGGAGAAGCAGCUCAGCAGGACCAGAGGAAAACAUUGCCUGCAAUCCGAGCAGGCGAAUAUGAAGCUCUGCCUGAAAAACUCAAGAAGGCUGAGUGGGCUCCUGAUUUUGGUCCCAGCACCUUCAUGCCCACAUGGGGGGCCACAGUCACAGGGGCCCGGAAUUUCCUUAUUGCAUUCAAUAUCAACCUUAUCUGUACCAAAGAGCAGGCCCAUCGGAUUGCCCUGAACAUCCGGGAGCAGGGACGGGGGAAGGACCAGCCUGGGAGGCUAAGAAAGGUUCAGGGCAUAGGCUGGUACCUGGAUGAGAAGAACAUUGCACAGGUGUCCACCAACCUUCUGGAUUUCGAAAUCACUGCCCUCCACACGGUAUAUGAGGAGACCUGCAAAGAUGCCCAGGAGCUGAAUCUGCCAGUUGUGGGCUCUCAGCUGGUGGGCCUGGUCCCUCUGAAGGCCCUUCUCGAUGCAGCAGAGUUUUAUUGCAAGAAGGAAAGCCUCUUCAUUCUGGAGGAGGAGCACAAAAUCCGACUGGUGGUGAACCGGCUGGGCCUGGACUCGCUGUCCCCCUUUCAUCCAAAGGAGCGCAUUAUCGAGUACAUGGUUCAGGAUGGCGCGAUGACGGGGAGCUUAGGCUCAAAGUCGCUUCGUGCUUUUGUCCAGGACGUUGGGGCCCGCUCUGCCGCUCCUGGGGGUGGCUCUGUGGCUGCAGCCGUGGCCGCUAUGGGGGCAGCACUGGGCUCUAUGGUGGGGCUGAUGACCUAUGGAAAACGGCAGUUUGAGCACCUGGACCCAGCCAUGAGGAGGCUCAUUCCCCCCUUUCAUCAAUCAAUGAAGGAGUUGCUAGUAAUGGUGGACACGGAUGCAGAAGCCUUCAGUGGCUACAUGGAAGCAAUGAAGAUGCCCAAAAACACACCCGAGGAAAAGGAAAGGCACACGGCUGCCAUGCAGGAAGGGCUGAAAAGGGCCAUUGGGGUCCCCUUGGGCCUGGCUCAGAAAGUGAAUACCCUGUGGCCAACUUUGAGGGAGAUGGCGCUUUAUGGGAACCUGGCAUGCAAAUCGGACCUGCAGGUGGCCACCAAAGCUUUAGAAACAGGCGUUUUUGGGGCCUAUUUUAAUGUUCUCAUCAAUCUAAAGGAUAUAAGUGAUGAACAAUUUCGGAGACAGAUGCAUGAAAAAAUUUCUCACCUCCUGGAUGAAGCUCAGAGCAAUGCUGACUCUGUGCUGGAGUGCCUGGCAGCUCGAACAGAGUGAAGAACCUGGCACCAUCUGGGGGAGAGCACAGCAACCUGCCCCAUUGCUCCAUCCAUCUAUCCAUCUCUUCACCUACCCACCCACCCACCCACCCACUCACCCAUUGAUC